CCUAUAUUAGAGGGAGGGAAAAAAAUCAAGGUUCUGGGCAUUUCCCCCUUUAUUUUUUAUUUCCCUUUUUAACGAUCAGUGCAUCCAGGACCUGGAAAAGGAACGAAAGAUUUUUUUAGAAAAAGAUAAACUCCUCAAAGGCGUCAGAGACCAGCUCUUCUUCGCUCCCUGCCUUCCCCGGUCCCCUUGUGCUGUGCCAUCCACACACACACACAACUGGACAUCCAGCGAAAGGGGAUUCAUCUGGAGGGCAAUUUCAGAUCGCGAUAAACCUAUUGGAUUAGUCGGAUUAUCUGGUGGCAGCCGAAAAAGAAGUCACCGUUUGAUCAUUUCUAGUUCUUGUUGGUCUCUGCCUGAUGGUCGGAUUUCAAUGGAGGUGGCGGCGGCUGGGUACAGAUGCUCGGCGCUGGUGAAUAAUUCUGGAUGGGAUUUUCUUCCUCCUCCUUCUUCUUUUCUUUUCCUUUUCUCCCCUUCUUCUUCUUCAUCGUCUUUUUCGCAGUCUUGGGAAGAGGAGAGGAGGAAGGAAAGAGAGGAGGAGGAGGAGGAGAGAGGGGAGAAGAAAUAGCCUCUAAAUCGACACAAUUUGGAAGUGUCCAAGGGAUGAUUUAAUAAGAACAGCUGCUGCUUCGAGGAAGAAGACCCAGUGAGAAAAAAGGAAGGAAAAAAGGAAAAGAAGGGAGAGAAAUAGAAAAAAGAGACCUUUGGGGAAUGGGAUAUAGCCCUGCAGCUAACUGGAAUUGAUUUAUAAAUGGGGAAUCUGCAGUAGAUGGAUGCGGUCUUCAUAUUGCUACUGUGGAAAACAGAAUUGUCAAUUGAAUGUAGUCUGAUAAAUAGGCCCAUGUGAAGAUGCUAUCUCAGCAAGAAUGAAAUCAAUGGAAGAUGCUUGUCGUGUGAAGAGUGUUGUGGGAGUUUUCUGACGGGCUCACGUUUUGGAGGCUCAGCCCAUACAUUUCAUUUCCCGGAUCUCUUGAAAAGGUUUACCUUCUCCCUUCUCACCAAGUGGAUACAAAUAAGGUCAUUUGAAUCAUAGUUAUACAACUGAUGUGGGACCAUGGCAUUUCCAAGAUCCAUGUGGCUGAACUGUGUAUGGCGAGCAAUGCUAGUCCGCCUGUUGCACAUGGGACUGGAUGCAACUUUUACUCUUUGUGUACUUGGGUUCUUGCUUCAUGCUGCUGCUGUGUCAUCACAAAAACUGGAUGAUACUGACCCUGUGGUGACCACCAGCUUUGGAAAGAUCAGAGGGAUGAAGAAGGAAUUGAACAAUGAAAUUCUGGGGCCUGUCGUUCAGUUUCUCGGGGUUCCUUAUGCCGCCCCGCCAACUGGGGAACGUCGAUUUCAACCUCCUGAACCACCAUUUACCUGGCCAGAUAUAAAAAAUGCUACACAGUUUGCCCCAGUGUGUCCCCAGAACAUUAUAGAGGGAAGGUUACCUGAAGUCAUGCUUCCUGUCUGGUUUACUAACAACUUGGAUAUAGUUUCUACUUAUGUACAAGAUCAGAAUGAAGACUGCCUCUAUUUGAAUAUAUACGUUCCAACUGAAGAUGUCAAAAGAAUAUCCAAGGAAUGUGCCAGAAAACCCGGCAAGAAAAUUUGUAGAAAAGGAGGUCCCCUAACAAAGAAACAGACAGAUGAUUUAGGUGAUAAUGAAGGUGCGGAGGAUGAAGACAUUCGAGAUAGUGGGGGGCCCAAGCCAGUGAUGGUGUAUAUUCAUGGAGGGUCCUACAUGGAAGGCACUGGAAAUUUAUAUGAUGGCAGUGUACUGGCAAGUUAUGGCAAUGUGAUUGUCAUCACCGUCAACUACCGACUUGGGGUACUUGGUUUCUUGAGCACUGGGGAUCAAGCAGCUAAAGGAAACUAUGGGCUUCUUGAUCUCAUUCAGGCCUUGAGGUGGACUAGUGAGAACAUUGGGUUCUUUGGGGGCGACCCGCUGAGAAUAACUGUUUUUGGAUCUGGUGCCGGUGGUUCAUGUGUCAAUCUCUUGACUUUAUCCCAUUAUUCUGAAGGUAACCGUUGGAGCAAUUCAACCAAAGGACUCUUUCAGAGAGCAAUAGCUCAAAGUGGAACAGCUCUCUCCAGCUGGGCAGUCAGUUUCCAACCUGCAAAAUAUGCAAGGAUGUUGGCAACAAAAGUUGGUUGUAAUGUGUCAGAUACUGUAGAACUGGUAGAAUGUCUACAGAAGAAGCCGUACAGAGAACUUGUUGAUCAGGAUAUCCAGCCAGCCCGAUACCAUAUAGCCUUUGGUCCAGUCAUUGAUGGAGAUGUGAUUCCAGAUGAUCCCCAGAUCUUGAUGGAGCAAGGAGAGUUCCUCAACUAUGAUAUAAUGUUGGGUGUUAACCAAGGAGAAGGGUUGAAAUUUGUUGAAAACAUUGUGGACAGUGAAGAUGGCAUAUCUGCUAGUGACUUUGAUUUUGCAGUUUCAAACUUUGUUGAUAACUUAUAUGGAUAUCCUGAAGGCAAAGAUAUAUUGAGAGAAACUAUUAAAUUUAUGUAUACUGACUGGGCAGAUAGACAUAAUCCUGAGACAAGAAGGAAAACACUCUUGGCUUUGUUUACUGAUCAUCAGUGGGUUGCACCAGCAGUGGCUACAGCUGAUCUUCAUUCGAAUUUUGGAUCACCCACAUAUUUUUAUGCCUUUUACCAUCAUUGCCAAACAGAUCAGGUACCAGCAUGGGCAGAUGCUGCUCAUGGGGAUGAGGUUCCUUAUGUAUUAGGAAUCCCAAUGAUUGGCCCUACAGAAUUGUUUCCUUGUAAUUUUUCAAAAAACGAUGUCAUGCUAAGUGCAGUGGUGAUGACAUACUGGACAAACUUUGCAAAAACUGGGGAUCCAAAUCAACCAGUCCCACAAGAUACUAAGUUCAUUCAUACAAAACCCAAUCGUUUUGAGGAAGUAGCAUGGACCAGAUACUCUCAGAAAGACCAACUUUACCUUCAUAUUGGAUUAAAACCACGAGUGAAAGAACAUUACAGGGCCAACAAGGUGAACCUAUGGUUGGAACUGGUACCUCACCUGCACAAUCUUAAUGACAUUUCACAGUAUACCUCUACGACAACAAAAGUGCCAUCGACUGAUAUUACUUUCAGGCCAACCCGGAAAAAUCUGGUACCUGUAACUUCAGCCUUUCCUACAGCCAAACAAGAUGACCCCAAACAACCACCAAGCCUAAUUUCUGGAGAUCAACGGGACUACUCCACGGAAUUGAGUGUAACUAUUGCUGUUGGAGCCUCUUUGCUGUUUCUGAACAUUUUAGCUUUUGCAGCAUUAUAUUAUAAAAAGGACAAGAGGAGACAUGACGUCCACCGGAGAUGUAGCCCGCAGCGUACAACUACCAAUGAUCUCACCCAUGCACAAGAAGAGGAAAUAAUGUCCCUCCAAAUGAAGCACAGUGAUUUGGGUCAUGAAUGUGAAUCCAUCCAUCCACAUGAGGUGGUUCUUAGGACCGCCUGUCCCCCAGACUACACACUAGCUAUGAGGCGGUCACCUGAUGAUAUUCCUUUAAUGACCCCAAACACCAUUACAAUGAUUCCCAACACUAUAUCUGGGAUUCAGCCCCUACACACAUUUAAUACAUUUACUGGUGGACAGAAUAACACUCUGCCCCAUCCUCACCCACAUCCACACCCACACCCCCAUUCACAUUCAACAACUAGGGUAUAGCCAAACAAGAUGAAACAAACUUUUAUUUUUUUGGUGGAUUACCGUGGGUUAUAAUGACAGAAGACUUCACUUGGCUUUUGACCUACAAGACUCUUAUUAUUUAAAUAUGGAGGGAUAUUAUGUGAAUAUACAUAUCAAGAACUUUGGGGAUUUUGGGGAAAAUGCAUUGUACAUAUAUACAAAUGAACUUUUAAAAAAGUAUAACUUUUUGCAAUUGCUUGAAGCAAUUGUCCUGAAUGAUACUUUUUACAUUCACAUUCAAGUAUUAAUUUUUUUUUUUGAGGAUUUAAGUUACAUAAUGGCAUUUGGCAUGUGCAACACAAAAACGGGAAAGUAACGAUGACUGAUGAUUAGGGUUUCUUUUUCUUUUUUUUCCUUAAAAAAAGUUCUUUGAAUAUGCACAAGGGACACAUUAAUGGAAUGUCAGCUAAUUUUCACCAGAUUUUAUUUGGAACUGUUUUCUUGUGUAGACCAUAUUUACAUAUUUGGAUAAGUAUACAAAGCACCAAUGUUGUUAAAGGCCUUAGGAAGGGGGUCAUAAGCUGAGAUCUGCCAGUUUAAAAAAAAAUAGAAGGAAGGAGGAGUUUUAUAAUCUGGCAGGUAUGACAUUAUCACAUAAGUGCUGUCAGUAUAAACGUUAUGGGAAUAAAGGAAACUGGAUAUUUUUAGCACGAUGUGCAUGAUCAUUUAUUAUGCUUGGUGGCUGUGCUGCUGAUUAAAACAUAAUCAAAAUUCUUCUUAUUCCAUUGGAGUUCUCAAUAGAAGCUUCUUCCUUCAAUUGGCACACCCUAAAGAAAGUUUGUUUUCAAGGAGGAAAAACAAACACCUUAAUGACAGCCCAAGAUUUCUCAGUAGCUUCUCCAUAGUAGAAGGCACUACAUCUAAAAUUGUUUGAUGGUACUGAACAGCAGCGAACCCAUGUGGAUGGGAAUCCCCAAAGAAAACAAUAGACACUUUAGUGCAUUUUUAAAGAAAAUCUCUCCAUCGGAUUAAGUUAUAAUCUUUACAGUAUCAAUAGGUUAUCUCUUAAUGAAGCAUUUCCCAUUUCUAGAUGGUUCCAUUAUGGUUUCCUACAUUUUAACCAGUAUUAUAUUUGUUUAAUGAAACACUGUCCAAAGAUUUAUCUUCAAGGAAUAUUUUACAAUAUGUAAAGGUGUCCCUCCCCAAACGAUCACCACAAUUACUGCUCUAGUUUUAUUUCUUUGGGGUUUCUUGACUAAUCACAAUGCAUGUGAUCAGGUUUGCUUGAGCAUUUCCAAGCUGGUUCUCUUUUGCUCUGUGUAGCUUCAGCAUUUCUGUGAGUUUACUGGAAUUUUCAGAAAGACGUUCUCUGCAGAGUACAAUCCUGCUACAAAGGUUAUAAGGAGAAUACAAUCACCAUCUAGAAAUGCUUCAGUUCUGCAUCUUAGUUAAUAUGAAUCUGAUUGGAAAGGAAUGGUCUAAAAUAACAGAAAGGUCUUUGUCCCCACCCCAUUACUUUCAGAUUUAAAGAAAAUGGUAUGUCACAGUCAUUUAAAAAAAGUUUGUAUGUAUAAUCAGCUGUACAUUUAUAUAAAAAGAGAAAAAAAUGAGAUGGACUAAAGAGCACAUCCCUUAUGAAAAUAUUCUCUCUUUUUCCUGUAUUAUAUUUCUAUUAGAGUAAAGUUAUGUGAUUUUUAUUUUAUUUUGCAUUUUUUCAAAUUACUAGCAAUUUUGAUAGUUUGUAAGAUAACGCGCAGAACUUUCUCUGACAAACUAACUGCAGUAACAGAAAUGUUUCUUUUCAGUUACUCUUUUUCAAGAUUGAGAGCUUAUUACACACACAGCAAAUUGUAUACUACUUGAUGGGGAAAAUUCUUUGUACUUCUGGGCCAUUCUUGUUGGCUCCACUGAGUGAAAAAAUAAAAUAAAAUAAAGCUAAUCUGGAUAAUGAAUAUUAUAAUUAUUCCAAUGCUAAGAGAUCUGAUAUUUGCUCAUUAAAGAGCUCAAAUGUUUAUUGCUGUUUUGUCAUUUUUUAAAAAAAAAUGAAGUAAUGGUAACUGUCUCAGAAUAAAGAGCUAUUUCUUGAGACCAGUCUGACUUUUGAAGACUUCAGUAUGCCUUCUACAGAAAAAAAAAGAAACUAAAAUUGUUUAAUUUUUGAUUACAACCUCUUGCAAUCCUGAAUAAGGAUUGAGUUCCUUAUGAAAUACAAUCACAUUGCGAAUGUGUAAGUAAUAAGCUGCAAUCCAAUGUAUGCUUUCCAGAAAGUAAGUUCCACUGAAAAAAGCUGGGUUCAGUUCUGAGUAAAUAUGUUGCAGGAUUGGGCUGUGUGCUUUCCAACUGACAUUUCAAUACAUUUGGCAUAAAGCUGGCAGUUGCUAGAAACUUUGGAAUUAUUUAAAAUGUAUAAACUCCCCCACAGAGUUAUUUCAAAUAAUAUUUCCACAAUUACACAAAAAAGGAUACAUUGCUAAUGAGUGUUCCUAUAAUCAGUUCUCCUUAGAACCUCAAGGACAAGAGUUGUAAAAUGAAACUUAAAAGUACAGUAUGGUUCAACUGCAAACCCAUUCCUGAGCUUUAGUUUUUGAACUCGCUACAACACUUAAUGUGAUAUAGAGUGGUGACUCUGGCUGUCAAAAAGAAUUUCCCCCGUAGAAGAUGAAACAGGGCAAGUCUUCAAAAUUCAGGAUGGUCUAUGUGCAAUUUCUGCCUGAUGUGGUUGUGACUGUGACCUGCCAAAUGUAAACCAAUAAAAAGAAUUGUUUGCCAUCAGAUAGCUAUUGUUUAAUCAGAGGAUUGUAUUUUGCUACAUGAUUAAUGGAAAGGAAAAGGGGAAAUGCGAACAAAUACAUGAUGACUGUAAAUCAUGAUCACACAUUGGAAAAACAGAACAGGAAAUAACAUUGAUGUGUUUUUCUGAACAUUAUCAGUAUAAAAUAAUUUCCCAUGGUAUUAAUAGUGUC